AUGGCGUCCCUAGCCGCAAAGCGUGUUUUGGUCGUCGCGGGUAUCGGAAACGGCACUGGGACUGGGGCAUCCACCGCACGACUAUUUGCGAAGAAUGGCUACAAUGUCGCUAUCAUUGCCAGAGGAGACCGUUUCGUCCAGGGACUCGCCAACGAAAUCAAUUCUUCUGGUGGAGAAGCUGCGCCGUUCAUGGUGCCCUCGUACUCUCAUGACCACCUGACGGCAGCUUGGGCGUCAAUCCACAAGCGUUUCCCAAAGCCAGAAUACACCGUCCGAGCCGCGGUAUUCAACGUCGCCUACGGCGUCUUACGGCCAUUCCUCGACACUACCCCACAGGAAGUGCAGGAAUCCUUGGACACAAACGUCGCUGCGGCGUUUUCGUUCGCGCGUGGCGCCAUCCUUGCGUUCAAGGAUAGCGAUAUUGAGGAGACGAAUGGGGCGAGAGGCACCUUGAUUUUCACCGGCUCUACUAGGAGCAUUCGCGGGAACGUUACUACGAGCGCUUAUGCUGCUGGGAAGUGGGGCUCGAGGGCCCUUUCGCAAAGCCUGGCGAAGGAAUUUGGACCACAGUAUAUCCACGUCGCCCAUUCCAUUAUUGACGGAUAUCGCCAACGCGAGCAUCGCUCAGCAGAGUGGACGGACAACGAAGACGUUCGUCUGAGGCCAGAAAGCAUUGCUUCGUCGUAUCUCUACUUGGUUAACCAAGAUAGGUCUGCUUGGACAUGGGAGCUCGUUCUCCGCCCGGCCCACGGGAAAUUGUUUUAA